CCCGAACAUGCAGCGCUUAACUGUACAUGCCAUCCGUGAUAUAAAAAAUGGAGAGCAGGUCACCGCAUGCUACACGAAUAGCCCCUUCAUGAAUCACGCGGACAGGAAAAAGCAUCUCGACGAGUGGGAUUUUAGUUGCAGCUGUGAGGCUUGUUUGGACUCGGGAAGCGACGUCUUGCGCACGCGAAUGCGGGUCCUGAACGACGGCUUAAGUGCGUAUCGGUAUUAUGGGGGAGAUUUGCUUGAUGAAGGGCCCAAGACUGCGAAUGAUGCAGUUAGAGAUUCGGAGGAGCUUGCUGGAAUGCUGGUAAAGCAGGGUAUUGUGGGGCUGGAUUUGUCGUUGGCGUAUGUACUCUCGACUCAACUGUUGCUGAUCGCUUACGCCUAUGACAGGUAUCAGCAGUGUGCGAAGCUCUGCCAUGAAGCUCGUUUGCCGCAGAAAGCCCUCGAAUACGCGAGAAAAGCACUAGAAGUCGAGAGAUGCGCCAUCGGCACCGAAACGAAGUUUCUGAGAGAUGCUGGGGAGGGCUCUGAAUAUCUGAUUGAUUGUCUUGAGGGGAAGAUCCCCAUGAAUCCAGCAACCGGCCAAAGGUCCUGGUAAGAAGCCCGAAGCUGUUACAAAGAUUCUCAUCAGUGUGGAACGUUUUUGUGGGCAAUACAGCAUGUAUUGGUGAUGGUGAUGACCGGUCUAA